AUGUGCAUCCAGUGGAUUACCUCCGCAAACUGCACCGGCGCCGUAGGCGGGAAUACUCCGCGUGACGGAUGCAAGGGCGCCCACGUCGCGGUGGUACGCCGCGAAGUCUGCUCAUCGGCCCGCGGGCAGUGCUUGUGCUUCUUCGGCUCGUGUAAAAACAUCGUCGCGCUGUCUGCCGAGGACCAGGAAACCGUCAACGCGCCGUGCGAGGUUUGCGGCGUGGACAUGGACCCGGAGCAGAUGAUGCUGCUGAGAAUUUUUGACGACGCUUUUGCUGCUGAGUGGGUUGUCGCCUUUGGGGAGAGCCACUAUGCGACAUGCACCAAGGGGGAAUGGCACAACGCGGAGAAAGGGCGAGACUUCGGCGCCAAGGAUGGACUGUUACAUGGCCGAUGGCCCAUGGGAGCGGUCACAAAGAAACUGCGCGGCGAGAGCAUACAAAUCAGGUUUCUGGGACCGUUGGAUCUCCAGUUCUUCACCAACAUGGAAAUUCUCAGGUAA